AUGGUUUUUGCUUUCCCCUUCUCUCUUGAGGGGCCGGCAAAAGAGUGGUUCUACUCCCAGCUGGAUGAAGUGGUGACUGAAUGGGACCUAUUGAGAAGAGAGUUCUUAGAUAACUAUUUCACUGGAGGUCUUUGUGCAGCGGAUAAGAGAUUGCUCACCACCUCUAGUGGUGGUUCCCUUUCUAAGAACAAGACUGCGGCAGAAGCAUGGAGUUUGAUCAAAGAUGUCGCUGAGGCUACCCAACAUGUAAGAGUGAGGAACAAUCCUACCAAGAGUGUGGUGGAAGCACCUCUUUCUGAAUCGGCUUUGACUAAAGUGCUUGGAGACAUGACCACUCUCCUCAAGAAGAUUCACAAAGAACAAAAUACAUUUCAAUCAAUCCAUGCCAUCCAAGCCCCACCUCAAAUCCUCCAACUUGAAGGACCUCCUAGAGUAUGUGGUUUAUGCUCUAGUACCGCACAUUACACCGACCAAUGCCAUCAAGUCCAAGAGGAUUACACUCUUGCAGCAGCCAAUAACUACAAUAAUCGUCCACCAUAUCAAUCUCAAGGCCAAAACAAUCACUCUCAUGGCAAUAGUUCUAAUCAAGGGUUGAGGGAUAAUGCUCAAGGGAACAACCACAAUCAAAGGUGGAACCAAAGCAACUCAUCUUCUCAAUACGACAACAACCACCAAUCUUAUUCCCAACAGCACAAUAAUAACAACUACGCCAACCAAAACCACCAUAACCAAUCAUACCAACACUCACAACAAAACCCAAACAACAACCAUCGAUACCAAAUGCCUCACCAAAGACAACAAUCCAACCAACCUUCUUCUUCUUCCACCAACCAAAAUGAAGAUGCCUUCUGUUCAAUUUACCAAGAACAAGAGAGAUUUUGGGCCAUGAUAGAGAAAAAUGAAGAGAACACCAGAAACUAA